AUGGCAACGGUUACCGUGAAGUACAACUUUCAGCUUUUCAAAUGCAAAGUAUCGUCCAAUUCCACGUUAAAUGACGUUUUACAUCAAUCUUUACAGUUCUUCCAGGUGCCCGCCUCUUCCAACGAGUGGACGUUGCUACAUUUAAGCAAGCCCGUGCCAUUGGACCUGCCAUGGAGAUUGCUGAAUCUACCAAUGGGCGUCAAUUUAGAACUAUCGAAAAACUCCAACUUUCGGGUGGCAAAGAACGAUAACCACAACGGUACGCCCUCAAAGACUAUUAAGAUACGAUUUCAGAUUCCAGGAAGGGAUUCAACAAUCAAAGAGGUUUCGCUAAAUGAACCAAUUGCCCCAAUUUUGCGAAGUGUUAGCGGCUUUACAGAAGGUGAUUUCAAAAUUCAAGUCUUCUCCCAGAUCGUAGAUUAUAAAACUAUUGAAAAUGACAGUUUAACCCUGGAAAAUCUAGGAAUCCAAGAGUCUUCCUCGAUCAGACUACUUAUCCCCGGUUCGUUGUCUGGAAAUGCCGAGAACAAUAUUAGCAACACCGCUACUCCACUUAAGCAAGCUUUGUCCCCAAUGACAACUCCAGCAACAGUAGCCGAGCCACCCUCCCACGAACUUCAUAAACCUUCCGUAUUCUUGCCUUCAAACGAACCGCUAGCGGUUGACCAAAUGGAGGAAGAAGAAGACUACGAAUUGACCGUGGAACAAGCGAGAAGGUAUCAACAAAUGCUAUCUAUGAAAGCCGGUACUUUAGGUGGUCCUAUCCUAACGAAAAGGCUCAGAGAACAAGCAGCCCACGGUCUAUCAAAAAAAAACAAGUCUGUCACUGAGUGCCUACUAAGAAUAAAGUUUCCUGAUAGAAGCCACAUUGAAAUAGCAUUUAAACCAGAUGAAGAUAUGCAUACCGUUUAUGACAUCGUUUCACAAUCCUUGCUCGAUGACAAAAUAAACUUCACAUUAAACCAAUCACACCCUUUCAAACCCUUAGCCAACGAUGAUCAGAAGCUACUGGAGGACUUGGAGUUCGGUUCUAAAACAAUGUUACUUUUUGAAACUGAUUCAACUUCCACUGGUCCAUUCUUAAAACCUCAUUUGCUGAAAGAUGCGCAAAAAAUCUCACAUCAAGCAACCGUGACCCCGUCACCAGAGUCUACCGAUAGUUCUAACACACAGAGUCACUCUGAUAAUGUUCCAAAGAUCAAGAAGACUUUGAAUAAAGUACCUAAGUGGCUGAAGUUGAGUAAAAAAUAG